AUGUUCAAUAAACCCAUUAUAAGUUCGUAUCUAAAAAGUAAAAGGUUAGAAUGGGCGGGCCAUAUUUGGAGAUCGGAAGGUAUUGCAAAAAAUCAUUUCACUGGAAGACUAAGCGGUAAAAGACUUAGAGGUCGACCAAGACAAAGAUGGGAGGACAGAGUGAAAAUGGAUCUCACGGAAAUCUCAGAAUUAAUAAGGAUUGAAGAUAGUGAAGACAGAGAUAGGUGGAAAGAUGUGGUUGAGGCAGCGAUGGUCCUAAAUGGACUAUUUAUUACUCGGACCUCGACACUAAUUGAAAGCUCACCAUCAACUUCUGGAACGUUAAAACAGAUUAAAGGUAAGUGUCGGUUAUACGAUGAAUCUUAUAUAUCCAUUGGUUUCACAUGGUGUGGUCCAAAAGAUGAACCUAUUCCCGAGUGUAUCAUAUGCGGAAAAACAUUUACCAACGAAUCGAUGGUGCCCAACAAAUUAAACAGACAUUUUAUUAAACAACAUUUUCACUUGAAGUGCAAAGAUAUUCACUAUUUCAAAAGACUUUUAAGUAGCCAAAAAAAAGAAGGAAUCAAGUUCACAAAAAAAGUUAAAAUUUCUGAGAGGGCUCUCGAAGCUAGUUUUGUUGUUUCCCAAAUGAUUGCUAACAACAUGAAAGCGCAUAAUAUUGGAAAAAAUUUAAUCAAACCUGCGUGUAAGGAAAUGGUGCGAAUAAUGAUUGGAGAUGAAGUGGCUCUUGAAAUAGAUAAGAUACCAAUGUCUAAUGACAUUAUUACUCGUCGCAUAAAUUAUAUGUCUGUAGAUAUAAAACAACACACCGUAGAAAAGAUGAAACUUUCUCGGUUCACACUUCAAGUUGACGAUUCAACUGUUAGCGACGAAAAAUGUUACAUGAUAGGAUUUGUUCGUUUUGUUGUUGGUUAUGACAUUAUAAACCAGUUUUUGUGUUUGAAAGAGUUAAAAACAAGUACAAGAGGCAAAGACAUUUUUGAAACAAUCAAUGUUUUUUUUGAAAAUAAUGGAAUAUCGUGGAGUGACUGUGUUGGAAUUUGCGCUGAUGGAGCUCCAAGUAUGACCGGGAAUAUCAAAGGAUUUGUUACACUCGCUAAAAUGAAAAACCCAUUAAUCGUUAAGACUCAUUGUUUCAUCCACAGAGAAGCGCUAAUGACAAAACGAAAGCCCUUGAAAAGUAGGAUUUUUGCCGAAAUUUGUAAUUCAAUGGAUGCUGGUUUUACAAAUUUGUUGUACCAUACCGAAGUGAGGUGGUUAUCAAGAGGAAAGGUCUUAGUACGUCUCUGUGAACUUAAAGAGGAACUUUUACUGUUUUUCAUGGAAGAGGACAAUGAAGAAUUUACAAGUUUUUUGGAAGAUCACGAUUGGAUACCAAAAUUUGCGUACUUGGCUGACAUUUUUUAG